ACAAUGUGUGAGAGCCGAGAAGGGAUUAUUGUGCAUUCUUGAGCGCUACAGAGGAGAGAGAGAAAGAGCGCAUUUCACUGUGCGAUAAACAGCGGUUGAGCUGCUGAGAGGAGAGGAGACGUUCGGACACAUUGCUUCUCUACUUGGAAAAUAUAUGGUCUAAUUCAGCAGAACUGUCCAUCAGGUCCUAUACAUCUCAAGGAUUAUACUUUCAAUUCCUCCUUGUGUAGCCUAUUACGGAGAGCACGCACGCCCGGAGGAGAGUAGAGGUGGACAUCGGGACUGAGAAGGAAAGGAAUUGUAUUCUUUCUGAAGUGGAUCGAGAGAACCAAGUGGUUGCUAUUUUCGAAGACAGAAAUGCCAAUGACCAGGGGACCUAGAGAGACUGUCACUAUGAUUGUGUGAGCUCCUAGCCAUCGAGCGGAGUGGGAGUGUCGGUAGGAGAACAGAGGCGAGAGGAGUGCCAAAACCUGGACUAUGGCGCCGCACCACCGGCGGGCAGAAUAUCCCCUCGCCAGGGGGGCCGUGCUUAUCCUGCUCCUGGGCUGUCUGGCCCUGCCAUCACCAUCCCAUGCAGACAGCAUGCCCAGUUUCAUCAAGUCUCCAGAUGACCAGACAGGUAUUUCGGGAGGCGUGGCAUCCUUCGUAUGCCAGGCGGUGGGCGAUCCCAAGCCACGCAUCACUUGGAUGAAGAAGGGCAAGAAAGUCAGCUCUCAGCGCUUUGAGGUGAUAGAGUUUGAUGACGGCUCAGGGUCCGUCCUGCGUAUCCAGCCCCUGAGAACCCACAGGGACGAGGCCAUCUAUGAGUGCACUGCCAUUAACAGUGUGGGAGAGAUCAACACCAGCGCCAAACUCACCGUCCUGGAAGAGGACCAGAUUCCCCAUGGGUUCCCCACCAUAGAUAUGGGACCCCAGCUGAAGGUAGUAGAGCGGACCCGUACAGCCACCAUGCUGUGUGCUGCUAGUGGCAACCCCGACCCAGAGAUCUCCUGGUUCAAGGACUUCCUCCCUGUAGAUAUCAACAGCAGCAACGGAAGAAUCAAACAGCUCCGCUCAGGUGGUACACCAAUCAGAGGAGCUCUCCAAAUAGAAAACAGCGAGGAGUCGGACCAGGGCAAGUACGAGUGUGUGGCGGUCAACAGCGCCGGGACCCGCUACUCGGCUCCGGCCAACCUAUACGUGAGAGAUCAACGAGAAGUGAGGCGUGUGCCACCCCGGUUCUCCAUCCCUCCCAACAACCACGAGGUGAUGCCGGGUGGCAGCGUGAACCUGACGUGCGUGGCGGUGGGAGCACCCAUGCCCUACGUCAAGUGGAUGAUGGGGGUGGUAGAGCUGACUAAGGAAGAAGAGAUGCCCAUUGGGAGGAAUGUUUUGGAGGUCACCAACAUUCGCCAGUCUGCCAACUACACCUGCGUGGCGAUAUCGUCGCUUGGUAUGAUCGAGACCACUGCACAGAUCACCGUCAAAGCCCUGCCCAAGCCCCCCACCUCCCUGAUUGUGACUGAGACCACAGCCACCAGCGUCACUCUGACCUGGGACUCUGGGAACCCUGAGCCUGUGUCCUACUACGUCAUCCAGUACCGGGCCAAGGUCUCUGACAACGGCUUCCAGGAGGUCGACGGAGUAGCCACCACACGCUACAGCAUCGGAGGGCUCAGCCCCUACUCUGAGUACGAGUUCCACGUCAUGGCGGUGAACAACAUUGGGCGUGGCCCUCCCAGCAGCCUCGUGGACACCAGGACCAGUGAGCAGGCUCCCUCCUCUCCACCGCUGGCUGUACAGGCUCGCAUGCUCAGCGCAUCCACUAUGCUGGUCCAAUGGGAGCCUCCCGAGGAGCCUAAUGGACAGAUCAGAGGUUACCGGGUGUACUAUAGCUCUGACCUCGGAGCCCCGCUGAGUGCGUGGCACAAGCAUAACACCGAUGACAGCAGACUGACCACCAUCUCAGGGUUGACCACAGAUAUCACCUACAGCCUCAGGGUGCUGGGGUUCACCUCUGUAGGGGACGGACCUCCGUCUGAUGUACUGCAGGUCAAGACCCAGCAGGGAGUACCAGCCCAGCCAUCUAGCUUCGAGGCAGAGGCAGAGUUGGACACCCGCAUCAUGUUGUCGUGGCUGUGGCCUGUCCAGGACCAGAUCACCAAGUACGAGCUCAUGUACUGGGAGGCUAACUCUGGCAAUAAGCUCCAUGUGACCUUCCCUCCAGCGGGGUCCUAUGCUGUGGAGGGUCUGAAGCCAGACACCCUCUACAUGUUCUCCCUGGCUGCUCGCUCUGAGAUGGGUCUUGGCGUCUACACCCAACUUAUUGAGGCCAGGACUGCCCAGUCCAUGCCCGGAGCCCCUCCCAGGAAGGUGGAGGCUGAUGCCCUGAACUCUACAGCCCUGAGGGUGAUGUGGAAGCCCCCCCUCCAGGUGAAACAGCACGGGCAGAUCAGGGGGUACCAGGUGGUCUUCUCACGACUGGAGAACGGAGCGCCACGAGGCCAGCCCAAUAUCAUGGACGUCUCCCUACCCGAGGCACAGUGGAACGUUGAGGAUUCGACGGACUAUGAGACUGUCAUAACAGGCCUGCUCCCUGAGACCACCUACUCUGUCACUGUGGCAGCCUAUACCACCAAGGGGGAUGGGGCACGCAGUAAGGCCAAGGUGGUCACCACAACAGGAGCAGUCCCAGGCAGGCCCACUAUGAUGAUCAGCACCACCAUCGGUAACACAGCCCUCAUCCAGUGGCAACCUCCGAAGGAGAUGGUGGGAGAGCACAUGGGCUACCAGCUGCAGUACAAACGUAUGGAGGAGUCGUCGUUCACCGUAAAAGACUUCAAGAAGAUAGAAGACCACUUUACCGUCACCGGACUGCACAAGGGCGCCACCUACGUCUUCAAGCUCUGUGCCAAAAACCGGGUGGGCAACGGGGAGGAGUACACGAAGGAGAUUACCACGCCGGACGAUGUGCCCAGUAGCUAUCCCCAGAAUCUGAGCGUUGUGGGUCUGACCACCACCACCACCAAGCUGGCCUGGGAGCCUCCGGUGCUGGCUGAGAGGAACGGGAAGAUUGUCCAGUACGUUGUGGUGUACAGAGAUAUCAACAGCCAGCAGAACCACACCAACAGCACGACAGAGUCCCAGAUGACCAUCAUGGGGCUGCAGCCUGAUACAACCUAUGAUAUCAGAAUCAGGGCAUUCACCAGCAAGGGAGGGGGACCAAUCAGUCCUAGUAUACAGAGCAGGACCAUGUCUACCGCCAUGCCAGAGUUCACCAAAAACUUUGGUGUGAAAGCCGUGAUGAAGACGUCAGUGCUGCUGACUUGGGAAGUGCCAGAAACAUACAAGUCUCAAGUGCCUUUCAAAAUCCUGUAUAACCAGCAGAGUGUGGAGGUGCAGGGGAACCUGAAGAGGAAGCUGAUCACGAGGCUGCAGCCAGACACAGACUACAGCUUUGUGUUGAUGUCUAGAGGGAACAGUGCUGGGGGUUUACAGCAACAGGUCUCCAUCAGGACCGCCCCCAACCUGCUCAAGACCAAACCCAUCCAAUACCAACACCACCCAGAGGAGGGGGGCAAGCUCACCAUCACCCUACCCAGAGUCCCCACCACCGCCCCGGUCAGAUGGUACUACAUAGUGGUGGUUCCUGUCACACCAGCCACACUACGUAGGUGGGAGAACCCUGAAGAUAUGGACCUGGAUGAGCUCCUGGAGGCUAGUUCUGACCAGAGCCUGAAGAGGAGACAGACCCAAGAGUUCCUCAGACCCUACAUCGCUGCCAAGAUGGACGCUCUGCCAGACACCUUCCCUCUAGGAGACGAGAAGCAGUACAACGGCUUCUACAACAAGCCUCUACCGGGCCAGCAGCAGUACCUCUGUUUCGUCCUGGCUGCCCUCAAGGACCACGGAUCUCAGAAGACGUUUGCGGCCAGCCCGUACUCGGACCCCAUCACAGUGAAGCUCCACAGCGGUAUGGCUCGCCAUGCUGAGGACCCAGAGAUGCUGUGGGUCAUGGGCCCUGUCCUGGCCGUCGUACUCAUCAUCGUCAUCGUCAUCGCCAUCCUGCUCUUCAAGAGCAAACAAGAAAGGAAACGAGCAUCUCCCUCUGCCAAGGAUGAACACUCUGCUGGGGUGAAGGACUCUCUGCUGGCCCACUCCUCUGACCCUGUGGAGAUGAGACGACUUAACUACCAGACACAAGGUUCCAGUGCCCUCAGUUGUCCGAACACUCCAAGGAUGAUGGAGCACCCUCUCAUCUCCACAGCUGAUCUGUCUGACCACAUUGAGCGACUCAAGGCCAACGACGGACUCCGCUUCUCACAGGAGUAUGAGUCUGUAGACCCUGGCCAGCAGUUCACGUGGGAACACUCUAACCUGGAAGUUAACAAGCCAAAGAACCGCUAUGCAAAUGUCAUCGCCUACGACCACUCCAGGGUCAUCCUCACCUCCAUCGACGGAGUGCCAGGUAGCGACUACAUCAACGCUAACUACAUAGACGGCUACAGGAAGCAGAACGACUACAUCGCUACACAGGGCCCACUUCCUGAAACCCUGAGUGACUUCUGGAGGAUGGUGUGGGAGCAGAGAACCAACACUAUCGUCAUGAUGACCAGACUGGAGGAGAAGUCACGGGUGAAGUGUGACCAGUACUGGCCCAGCCGGGGUACAGAGACCUAUGGGAUGAUCCAGGUGACCAUGUUGGACACUGUGGAGCUGGCUACCUAUAGCGUACGCACCUUCACCCUCUAUAAGAAUGGCUCCAGUGAGAAGAGAGAGGUUCGUCAGUUCCAGUUCAUGGCCUGGCCGGACCAUGGAGUGCCUGAGUACCCUACUCCCACCCUGGCCUUUCUGCGCAGGGUCAAGGCCUGCAACCCCACAGAUGCAGGGCCCAUGGUGGUCCACUGCAGUGCUGGUGUAGGGCGGACCGGUUGCUUCAUCGUGAUCGAAGCCAUGCUGGAGCGUAUGAAGCAUGAGAAGUCUGUGGAUAUCUACGGUCAUGUGACGUGUAUGAGAGCUCAGAGGAACUACAUGGUGCAGACGGAGGACCAGUACAUCUUCAUCCACGAGGCCCUGCUAGAGGCAGCCACCUGCGGUAACACAGAGGUCCCUGCACGCAACCUGUACGCACACAUCCAGAAACUCACCCAGGUCACGCCCGGAGGCACCGUUUCCACCAUGGAGCUAGAGUUCAAGAAACUGUCUAACUCUAAAGCACAUACCUCAAGAUUCAUCAGUGCCAACCUCCCCUGCAACAAGUUCAAGAACCGGCUGGUGAAUAUCAUGCCUUUUGAGUCCACCCGCGUGUAUCUGCAGCCUAUCAGAGGUGUGGAGGGCUCCGACUACAUUAACGCCAGCUUCAUCGAUGGAUACAGGCAACAGAAGGCCUACAUAGCCACCCAGGGCCCGCUAGCAGAGACCACAGAGGACUUCUGGAGGAUGCUGUGGGAACACAACUCUACCAUCGUCGUCAUGCUCACCAAACUCAGAGAGAUGGGACGGGAAAAGUGCCAUCAGUACUGGCCUGCUGAACGCUCUGCUAGGUACCAGUACUUUGUAGUGGACCCCAUGGCUGAGUACAACAUGCCCCAGUACAUCCUCCGAGAGUUCAAGGUCACAGACGCCAGGGAUGGCCAGUCUAGGACCAUUCGGCAGUUCCAGUUCACUGAUUGGCCAGAACAAGGGGUGCCAAAAACUGGAGAGGGCUUUAUCGACUUCAUUGGCCAAGUGCAUAAAACCAAGGAACAGUUCGGACAGGAUGGACCCAUCUCUGUGCACUGCAGUGCUGGUGUUGGGCGGACUGGCGUGUUCAUCACCCUGAGUAUCGUGCUGGAGAGGAUGAGGUACGAGGGGGUGGUGGACAUCUUCCAUACCGCCAAAACACUGAGGACCCAGAGACCUGCCAUGGUGCAGACAGAGGACCAGUACCAGCUGUGCUACAGGGCAGCUCUGGAGUACCUUGGCAGCUUUGACCACUAUGCAACAUAAUCACUCUCAGAAUGCACUGGGACUCCUGGGGUUCCGGAGCGCCGCCAGUGUCCCUUCUGAGCCAUAUACACCCUGCUGACAAAGUCCAGAAACUGCCUGAGGGGAGAAGGGAGGGGGGAGGGGUGAGGAGGAGAGGGAGAGAGCACACGUCUGACUGGGCGACCUUCAAUCAGGUGGAGCAGUACUCCUGGACUGACUGGCAUAAUAAACCUGCUUUAAAACCCUCCACUACUAAAAUCUACCCCCCAAGAAAUGAUCUAAAUGCUUCAGUGUGCUUCAUUCUGACGUCUCUAUACGUAAUGCUCACACCAUAAAAUCACUAUUUCUGCCUCCUACUGCUGAUAUAGAAACGGUUAUUUUUCUGCUUUUAUUAUGCAUCAACAUCAAUAUUAUUACCCAUUAUGUGAUUAUUAUUAUUUUGAAUUUAUUUUCUAAUCAUUUAUACUCUGGUUAUUUUAUGUCAAACGUGUCUUAUUUUAAAUUAAUUACUUGUCUUUUUUUGCACAAGGGACAUUAAUUUUUAACAUGCUCCGAGUUAUUCUUAAUACUGGAGACAUAUGCACACUCAGAGCUGCUAAUAAUAAUUUUAUUUUUUACCAUAAUUAUAAUAUUCUAAAGUUCGCUAUUCUCUGGUCGUAUUCAGUGGUAUAUGGGGGACAAUCUUUUAUAUGCCUUUCCACUUCCUGGUACUUUACAAAACGACUAGCCAUCUCCACAAAAAGAGAUAAAACACAUACACCAGAGUUAGUGGACUACUAUAAAAUAAACCUAUAUACAGUGCAUUUGGAAAGUUCAGACCACUUGACUUUUUUCACAUUUUGUUACGUUACACCCCUAUUCUAGAAUGGAAUAAAUUCCCCCCCCCCCCCCCCCCCCCCCCCC